UUUUCUACCCCUACCCCCUCCCACAAAUCUCACACUCAUAUUUCUUCCUUCUUCCUCCAAUCCAAAAACUUCCUUCCUUUCCUCUUCUCCUUUUUUUUUUCUCUGCAUAAAUCUACUUUAGCUUUAGCUCCGUAUACAGAUAGUAUGCCUGAAUGUCAAGAGAAAGGGAGAGAUAUGAGGAGAUAGGCAAAAAAAUAAAGAGGGAAGCAGAUGACUACUCGCAAAUGGGAAGGAGAUAUUUGUUGGGGAAUCCAGGAACUACAAUGACCUUAAACACUGUAACACCUUGUGCUGCCUGUAAGCUUUUGAGACGUCGCUGUGCUCAAGAAUGUCCAUUUUCUCCCUAUUUUUCACCUCAUGAACCCCAAAAGUUUGCUUCUGUUCACAAGGUUUUUGGUGCUAGUAAUGUUUCCAAGAUGCUAAUGGAGGUAUCUGAGAACCAAAGAGCAGAUACAGCUAAUAGUUUAGUUUAUGAAGCUAAUGUAAGGUUAAGAGAUCCAGUGUAUGGUUGCAUGGGAGCUAUUUCUGCUUUACAACAGCAAGUUCAAGCUUUACAAAUGGAAUUAAAUGUUGUUAGGGCAGAGAUAUUGAAGUACAAAUUUGGGGACACCACCACUCUCACUAAUAUUCCCUCUUCUCAUAUUUCAUCAUUGCUUGCUUCUGGAGCUGUUUCCGUCGUCGCCGCACUGCCGCCGCCGCCACCUCCACCACCGCAACCGUUAUCGCUACCUUCAACGAUAUCUUCUUCUGAUGCCAUGUACGCGCAACCGUCUACAACCACUGAAUUUAGCACCAUAUCCAGUGAGAAUAAUAUCUCUUAUUUUGGCUAAAUUCCUUGUUGGUUAAUAAUUUUCCAAUUUGUUUAUUAUUAUUAUUAUUCACAUUUUACAUCAUGAAUCAAUUGUUGAGUACAAUAAGUAAUAAAUUGUUUAAUGCUAUGAUAAGAUACACAUGUUCUGUUACAAAUCUUUGUAUUCCUUUCUAAUUAUAAAGAAAGUGAAAGAUUAUUUUCCAUCUUCUAUCUUAUACAAUUAAUUGUAAGUUUACUUAGCACAUAUAAGUCAUGCGGCUAGUGUAUACC